AUGAGUCUUACGAGUUUAUCUCAUCAUGAAGAUUUUACAAAAAAGGUCAUACAACCGAUAUCAAGAUUCAGAGCUUUUGUUUAUACGGCGAUUGCUAACCUGACUUGGCUGCAAGAUGAUGCUUAUGUACUCGCUCCUUUAGAUUUGUUUGAAUCAAUACGCAUGGAAAAUCUUCUUACAUUUUAUAAAUUACCUCACAUAUCUGUUUUUCAAAAAUUGAUAUUGUUCAAAAAACCUGAUGAAAGAACAGAACUUGAAUUACAAACAAUCAAAUGGAUGUUCGAAAUAGGAUUUAAAUGUUUUCAGCUUUGUCCAACUGAUAUUAAAAUGGCUCUAAUGAGAAGGGCAACGUAUAAAUGUUAUGGCCCUGGUAGAUGGAUACUGAAACAGGGGCAUUUAUCGACGAACAUGUAUUUAAUUGUCAAAGGACAAGUGGUGAUUACUGAAGAUGUACAAAACCCUGUUACUAAACUUAUGGAGAACACUGAACGUUGCAAAUUGAAGGAAAAACAUUCUUUUGGCGAAAGUGCUGUUAUGUUUAACACACUUAGAACCAAUUCUGUUCAGUCAUUAAGUGCGGUGGAAUUGAUUAGCAUUUCGAAAAAUGAUUUCACGGACAUUAUCAAAGAUAAUUUGCAACUUAAGUGGAAUGAAAAUUCAAAAGCAAUUAAAAAUUCUUCAUAUUUUAAACACCUGAGUUUGAUGGAAUUACAUAAGUGUAGUACUAUUUCAUCUAUCAAAACAUUUAAAAAUCAUGAAUAUGUUCUCGGAAAAGGAACAGGAGAUGUUGAUUAUGCUUACUUCGUAUUAGAAGGUGAAAUAUCUUUAAUACUGCAUUUGGAAAUCGAAGAGAUUGUUAAAAGUUGUAGAAAUGUAAGGUUCAAAGUGUACAAACUAAGAAAGACUUCGGAAAAAUUGAAUAAAAAAAAAUAUUCAAAUGUAUAUGUCGACACUUGUACAUUUUUACCGGACUCGUGUUUUAACAUUGGUGAAAACGUAAAGGACAAAGAAUUUAUGACCACUCAUAUUGCCGAAACAAAAUGCUUGUGCGUUCCUCUUUGGUUCAUGGCCGAAACACAAAAACUUAAAUGUUGGGAACUUGUAAAGUUGGAUCUCAAUUCCAUUAUUCCAUCUAAGAACCAAGUAUUUUCAAAACUCUAUCCGGGAGGUUAUAAAUUAAAAUAA